AUGGGUCUAUUUGGGCCCCACAAUCUCGAGCCUGUCGUUCAGCCUAUUGCUGUAUUCGACCAAUUUGUCUCAACGGACCCACAGACAUUAGUCCUGAGAGAAAAGGUGCUCUCAGUCACUGGAGACAGCUUCGAAGUCAAGAACGCUAGUGGUACAACGGUGCUGAAAGUGCAUGGAGCUUGGAUAUCACUUUCUGGCCGCAAGAAGGUCGAUGAUGCUAAUGGCAAGCACCUCUUUGAUAUUGUCAAGGAGCAUCUGCAUCUUCAUGCGACUUAUGCUAUCGAAGAUCCUCAUCGCAACAAGGUUUGUGAAGUUAAGAGUAAUCUUUCAUUGCUCGGCUCCAAAGCCACAGCCACUUUCACUGAUCGUAACGACCAUGCGUACACCUUACAUAUGAAAGGAGGCUGGUUCGAUCAUACUGCUGAUAUUGUCAACCAAAAAACCGGCCAGACAGUGGCUCGCAUUGACCGGAAGCUACUUAGUGGUCGUGACCUUAUUUUUGGCCAGCAGACAUACGCUGUUGUUGUGGCACCUGGUGUGGACGCAGCGCUGAUUGCCGCCUUAUGUAUUUGUUUUGACGAGAAGAACAACGAGGAACGCGGCGAGUAG